UCGGUUGAACUACUCAAGAUGUCGAGCACCGGUGUUGUACUGUACGGAACGGACUGGAGUCCCUAUGUUAGGGCCAUCAGCCUGACCCUCAAGGUCCUGAAUUUAGACCACGAAUUCAGGGAGGUGGAUCUGAAGAUGGGCGAAAACCUUACUCCGGAAUACCUCAAGAUGAAUCCACAGCACACGGUACCAGUACUGGAUGAUAAUGGAACUUAUCUCUGGGACUCGCACGCCAUCGCCACCUAUUUGGUGGAUAAGUAUGGCAAGUCUGACGAGAUGUAUCCCAAGGAUCUGGUCAAGCGGGCGAUCAUCAAUCAGCGCCUCUUCUUCGAAGCCAGCGUAAUCUCCCCGAGCUAUUUCGACGUAGUGCGUCCCUUCUGGUUUAGUGGAGUUACGGUGGUGCCCCAGGAGAAACUAGACACCAUUCAUCGGGGUCUGAAGUUGCUGGAGACUUUCCUGGACAGCACUACAUAUCUGGCGGGCCAUUCGCUGACCCUCGCCGAUCUGGUCACCGGACCCACUGUAAGUGCUCUGCGCGCCGCCGUCGACAUCGAACCAGGAGCCUAUCCCAAGAUCACCGCCUGGCUGGAUCGACUUAACCAGAUCUCCUGGUACAAGGAGAUCAACGAAGGUCCUGUUCAAGACUACGUCGCAUUUUUACGGAAAGCGUGGACCAAGCUCGGGGAUAACUAAACAAAGACUUGAAUAAAAUACCAAAACUAAAAAUAUGAGUAAUUAAGUUUUUAAAUAUGUAAAUUUGAAAUACAUAUAAUCAAGGAAAUU